AUGGUUGAGCAGGGAGAUGAGCCAGGUGCUUCCUCCAAACCUCGCAACGAACGUCCGUUCCUGUAUCCUUGGAACCGUCGUCUGCGUCAUUUGCACGGCAUCUCAUUGCGCAAUCUCCAUGUGACGGCCCCCAUCCCCAGAAGUCGCGCAAAGACAAUCACCGACGACGACGCACCUUACAGCCUGGCGUCCCCCUCCAAGCGUGCCUUGCAGAACGACUCAAAGCCCUUGACCCAGUCGCGCUCUUUCACGGACCUGCACUCCGCGCUUGACGAACCCUCCAACCCAGCUGCCCUUCACAAAGCUGCCACCUCCUAUGAAAAGCAUGAGAUACAGUCCGAUAGGCCCGGUGGGGGCAGGCUUCGCCGGAGCAGUACUUUGCACUGGGCAUCAGCGAGUCCGCGAGCUCGGCAAUCGAAGUUGGAAGAUAUCCUCGUAAGCCGUCUGGCGGAUUCAUGGGUGUCUGUCCACUGUCCAGGCGUUCCGGAGCCGGUCUACAUCACCGAGGUAAUAGAGAGUUCCAUGAACCCAAGCUUUGCGUUUUUCGACUUGGACAGCAGUGGCAUCCAUGUUUCAAGGUCUGAUGAAUGUACCAUCCGAGUGUGGGCCAGAAGCGCCAACACGGAAGAGUACUGUCUCCUAGUCGAACUUGACCUGAAUCUGAGGUCGUUGCAAUUCAUCGGACGGAGUCUCGAGAAUUUCCACCAUCCUCUGCCCCAGAAUUGUAUCCUGCUACACUUAUCUGACGGUAUCUACACCAGCUUUACCGACCUGCCUGCAGACCCCCACCCCGUGGUAGAUGAUGUGGUCGACCAUCGGAAUGGCACGAGUAAACCAGGCUCUUCCUUCGAUGCUCUGAUGCAACUUGCCAAUCUCGACGACUGCAUACAGGAUGCGGUCAAGGUCAGAUCUCAGAUCGAGAAUGAUAUCAACAAGAUCCUGUCGGAAGCCAACGUGCUGAGUGCUGAAGACGAGGCAAACCCUGGACUUGCCGAUGACAGUCCUCAGACCAGGGCUGCACUAGCAGCGGAACAGAAACGAUUGCGUCAACUGAAGAAACGAAGGGAUGAGCUGAAAGACUCACUGGAUCACAGACGCCAGGCCCUGACUACCGGGCGUGACAUGAUGUCAAAGUCUAUGCAGCUUUUGGAGUCGAGGACGCAGGCAUGCCAGGACCUGGAAGCACAACUGCAGCAAACCCAAAAGGAAUCCCGCGGCCAAAUUCGAAGGAUAUGUGAGACGUUAUUGACCAUCUUUCCUAUUGAACCCUUGAAAAGUCGCACGCUACAAUUCACCAUUUGCGGCAUAUUCCUUCCGAAUUCUGUCUAUGAUGACACAAACCGUGACGAGAUAGCUGCAGCUCUUGGUUUUACAGCCCAGCUCGUCCAUCAGCUGGCGCUGUAUCUGUCCGCGCCAUUACCCUAUCCAGUUGAACCGUACGGCUCCACGUCAUUCAUCUCAGAUCCGAUAUCGCUCGGGCUCAGUCAAAGAAGGUAUCCUCUUCAUCCUACGAGCGUGCCCUACAAGUUCGAAUAUGGCGUCUUCUUGCUCAACAAGGACAUCGAAUUCCUCAUGAGUCGUGCAGGCCUGCGGAUACUCGAUAUCCGGCAUACAUUGCCCAAUCUCAAGUAUUUGCUCUAUGUCUUGACGGCUGGCACAGGGGAACUGCCUGCUCGCAAGGCUGGCGGGAUCAAAGGUCUCAUUGGUGGUCGCACUAGCCAAGACCUGUCACGGCGAGCGAGCAAUGAGAGCUUGCAGAGCACGUCAACACCUCUGAUGCAAGAGACACUCAAGGCAGAGGCUAUCAACGGAGGUAUCGCCGGCACUAAGGAGAAAGAAAUGCCUGUCUCUUUGGUUUCAAAAUCAUCGGCCAAGGACCUAUGA